AUGUCUCGCAAGUCCCGGCAAGGCUACAGCAUCCGUCAUCUGCUACAGCUGCCCAACGCGCGCAGCCCCCCCUCCACGCCCCCCCAUCCGCCCGCACCCUGCAUCAAGGCACAUUUGACAUGUUAUUCAUUGCUAUCAGCCAAGCGCAUUAUUUCAGAACAAGAUUCAGGAUAUAGAGACAAAGCGUUUGAAGGGCCGAUACGGCGUGAUUCGCACGCGUUACGAGCGUUUAUCGGCAAGUACCCGCGCGGGAACAAUAACAAGUAC